AUGCGCCUAAUCAACACCACCACUUAUGAAUUCUCAGAGUUUCACGGCGAUGAUAUCCCCAAGUAUGCAGUUCUAUCGCACACAUUGGAGCACGACGAGGUCACCUUUCAAAAGUGGGCAUUCUCACGGAGAAAGGCAGAAAAGAAAGCUGGAUAUGCGAAGAUUGAAGCGACGUGUAAAUUGGCGUUGAAGAUUGGAUUGAUGUAUGCGUGGAUGGAUACGUGUUGUAAUGAUAAGAGUAGUAGUGCGGAGUUGAGUGAGGCUAUAAAUUUCAUGUUUGCGUGGUAUGCAGGGGCGAUCGUUUGUUUUGCUUUUUUAGCCGAUAUUGUUGAAGGGGAGGUGGAAAAGGUGGGGUCUCAGCUUGGAAGAAAGUUAAGAGAGGGCUUGAAUAAAAGUAGGUGA